UGUUGUGUAAUGUAAAAUCUAACUCUUAUACAGAACUCAUUAUUUUAUUAAACGAAUGAAAAUCAACUAUUGAAUGACCUUUGAUAAUUUCUAAAUCAAAUAAAUAAAAAAGUGAAUAAAUAAGAGACAAAGAUCAAACUUAAUCUGUGUUAUUCGUAUAUUAAUCUAAUGAAAGGAAAAGUGUAAUGAAAAUAGUAAUGAAAAUAGAAGAUACGUAAAUUUCAAAUAUGGAUGAUUACAAACGAAAACAACAACAACAACCAUGUUUAUUUCCAAUCAAUGUAUUUGUUUGGAUAUUAUACCUCAAUUGGUUGACAUGGAUCAACAGUUCAUUAAGCUAUGCCGCUGAAGACAUUAAUUGUUGUAAAAAUGACACCAAAUGGUUAGGAGGAAAAAAUUGCAGCGAUGGCAGUAACAUACGUCUUCAUUGUCCUAAUGGAUUGUUUCUAACUGAUUCCGAACAAGAGAAAUUUAAUAUUACGGAAACCAGCAAUGGUGCGAUAUUGACAUUAAUUGAUAAUGAUUUCCAGGAUAUAAUGCAAGACAAAUUUUGUUUGUUACCCACGGAUAAUGUUGACAAAUUAAUGGCAUUAAUGUGUUUCGAGGAUUCUUACAUUGACCAGAUACAUUCAUGGAAAAAUAUAUUAUAUUUGGCACUCAGUAUGAUAUCGGCUAUAUUUUUAAUCAUAACACUUGUUAUUUAUUUGAUACUUCCUGAACUUCGUGAGAUACAAGAUAAAGCGAUGAUGGGUUCAAUUUCUUCUUUAGCAGUCAGUUAUAUUAUUUUAUGUAUCCAAAAUACCAGAGAUGAGUACAAUGAAGACAUAACUUUAUGUGUUACUUUAGCAUUCUUGUUGUACUAUGCAUUCAUGAUUGCAUUCUUUUGGUUAAACAUUGUUGCAUUUAAUAUUUGGCGAACAGUCUGGUUCAAACAUUUUGUGAUCAACGAUAAAAUACUUUUCCCAAUUUAUUGCGUAUUUGGAUUAUUCUUCCCGACUUGUUUCUUAUUGUCGACACUUAUAACUCAUCAUAUUGAUGGAACUCACAUAAAACCACAUUUUGGUGAAUCCAAGUGUUGGUUUAGCGGAACAAACGAAGUCUGGGUAUUUUUUUAUGGUCCAAUAUCAAUACUAUUGACACUAAAUGUUAUCUAUUUGGGUCUGACAAGUUGGAGAUUAUGGCACGAAUAUCGUGAAUAUAGUGGAAAUAAAUUACGAGCUUUAAGAUUUAAAUGUUUACUUUAUACAAAGCUAGUACUUGUUAUGGGUAUAACAUGGAUAUUUGAGAUAUUAUCAUUUGCUGCCAAUUCAUCGGACUGGUAUUGGAUACCAACGGAUAUUUUAAAUUCAUUACAAGGCUUUAUAAUAUUUCUUCUUUUGGUUGUAUCCCGUAAAAGAGUGAGAAAACUUUUGGCUAAAAAGAAACCAUGUGGCAUUGUUUUCCCUAAAUCUUGGAUAGCCUAUGAAGAUGAGGAAUGUGAAGUUGUGUUACCAGAAGAAUUGGAAUUGUCCCAACAGGGCUAGGAAAUUUAUUCAUUCAUUCAUCCAAUCAUUCGUUCAUUCAUUUAUUCAUUCAUCUUCAUUAUGACUUUUUAAAAAUUGUUUUUAAAAAAAACAACAACAGAAGAUGAAACUUGUGUGCAUUAUUAAUAAGUUAUUGUCUUAACGAUCUCAUUUCUAUUUAAAUCAUUUGACAAAUGCAUUAU